AUGGUCCCCGGGCCAUGGAAGUCGAGCGCGCACAUGCCCUGGUGCUGGCUCACGUCGGAUCAGGAUAACCGGCGUUCAUGUGACGAGGAGGGCACUCCUCCGAACCUGAAUGACCCGGAAGUGGAGUUUUGGUGUCUGAAUAUUGACAUAGAUGGAGCGCAGAAUGAUAAGGGCAAGCAUGGUGGCUGCUUCGUGGACGGCUGA